UGCAAGUGGAACUGGGUCCGGACGCGCGUCCCGAGAGGGAAAGUCAGAACCGCCGCACGAGGGAGUUCGCCGGGCGAGCUGGACGGCCACGCCUCCUCCCGCCUCCCCCCGCAGCCCUGCAGCUGGGGGCAGAGCUCAGACUGUCUUCUGAAGAUUGAUGUCUAUUUCCUUGAACUCUUUAAUUUUGUUGCCAAUUUGGAAAAGCAUGGCACAAAUCCAGCAGGGAGGUCCAGAUGAAAAAGAAAAGACUACAGCACUGAAAGAUUUAUUGUCUAGGAUAGAUUUGGAUGAACUAAUGAAAAAAGAUGAACCACCUCUUGAUUUUCCUGAUACCCUGGAAGGAUUUGAAUAUGCUUUUAAUGAAAAGGGGCAGUUAAGACACAUAAAAACUGGUGAACCAUUUGUUUUUAACUACCGGGAAGACUUGCACAGAUGGAACCAGAAAAGAUACGAAGCUCUGGGAGAGAUCAUCACAAAAUACGUCUAUGAGCUUUUGGAAAAGGAUUGUAAUUUGAAAAAAAUCUCCAUUCCAGUGGAUGCCACUGAAAGUGAACCAAAGAGCUUCAUCUUUAUGAGUGAUGAUGCUUUGACGAACCCAGAGAAACUGAUGGUUCUGAUUCAUGGUAGUGGCGUUGUCAGGGCAGGUCAGUGGGCUAGAAGACUCAUUAUAAAUGAAGACCUGGACAGUGGUACACAGAUACCUUUUAUUAAGAGAGCUAUGGAUGAAGGUUAUGGCGUGAUAGUGCUGAAUCCUAAUGAAAACUAUAUUGAAGUAGAAAAGCCGAAGAUACACUUACAGUCCUCUUCUGAUAGUUCAGAUGAACCUGCAGAAAAACGGGAAAGAAAAGAUAAAGUCUCUAAAGAAACAAAGAAGCGACGUGAUUUCUAUGAAAAGUACCGUAACCCCCAAAGAGAAAAGGAAAUGAUGCAGCUAUAUAUUAGAGAAAAUGGUUCUCCUGAAGAACAUGCAGUUUAUGUGUGGGACCACUUCAUAGCACAAUCUGCAGCUGAGAAUGUGUUUUUUGUUGCUCACAGUUAUGGAGGUCUUGCUUUUGUUGAGCUGAUGAUUCAACGAGAAGCAGAUGUAAAAAGUAAGGUAACUGCCGUGGCGCUGACAGACUCUGUUCACAACGUGUGGCACCAAGAAGCUGGCAAGACCAUUCGAGAAUGGAUGAGAGAGAACUGUUGUAACUGGGUCUCCAGUUCAGAGCCAUUAGACACAUCAGUGGAAUCCAUGCUUCCUGACUGCCCCCGCGUCUCAGCAGGGACCGACCGCCACGAGCUCACGUCGUGGAAGAGCUUCCCGUCGAUCUUCAAAUUCUUCAGCGAAGCCUCGGAGGCCAAGAGCGGCGCCCUGAAGCCGGCGCUGACGCGGCGCUCCUACCGCAUCAAGCACGAGGAGCUGGUUUGCCCUACUGUUUCAACUUUUAAAUCCAGCUCAGAUCUGAUCAACACUGUGAAAUAUGAGAAACAACACAAGAGGGAAAAUCAAAACAUCAUUUUAUCAAGCUCCUGGAUGACUUAAAAUGUAUACUCACUCCCCCCCACCCAACAAUGUUUAAAGCACGCUUUGGUCUCCAAUUUUUUCUAUUUUAGAUGUAGUGAACUAUGUAAAAUAAUGGUACCUUCUUCCUUUAAGAGAAUUUGAGAAUUGAUGUGGAAAGAAUAUACUUCAAAUUAUACUAAACUAUAGCUGUUUUCAGAAUCUAAAAAAUGCAGAAAACUAAUUUAAUUGCAUUUUUAAAAUCAUUUGCACGAUGUUGGAAAAUUUACGAAGCUUCUGCAACUAAAUUAGAGCAAAGUAAAUAUGCUCAGCUAUCAAACGAAAUCACUCCUAUUCCUUCUCCAAUUCUCACUUAAAAAAAAAAACUUUAUUUGUAGCUUAAGUGAUUCACUGUUUAAUUGCCUCUAAUACUUUUGCAUCCACCUUGUUUUAGGCCUUGUUUAACUAUCUAUAGAGAGCUAUUUGCAAACUUAAGUUGUGUAAAUGUAAUUUCUACUUGUGGAUCUGAAGGAUAGCAACCCGGAGAGAUCUAGGCAAAUCAUUCAAGACCUCCUACUGAUAACUGAUAAGAUUCUUUGUAUAGUGGGAUUUUUAACCUGUUGAUUAUGGGGCUGUUGGUAUAAAUGUAAUAAUAUCAUUCACCUCAAUUUUCCUGAUAUAACAACAAACAGUUGGGAGUAGCCCUCCUGCUUGGAGGGGACAAGUGUUAACAAUAUUUCUGCUCUGAUCUUCUCCCUGUCUUGUUUCCUUUAGACAGGUUUUUAGGGGCCAUAGAGGUUUAAGCUUAGGAUGUAAGCUUUUCCCCCCCUGUUUUUAAUUACAUACUGAAUGUUUACUGAUCAGUGCUUAGUGAUAGCGAAGAGUUGUUCUAUCGAAGAUUUAAAAUAGUCUUGUUAAAACUUGUAAGUCAAAUAUUGGCUUUGGAGCUUUCUAAAAAUGCCUAACCCUGCAAUCCUUGAAAGUUUUUAUGGGUAUUCGAAGGGAGGGAUCUACUUGUAAUAACUGUUCUUUUCUCACAUUUUUGCCUUGUGCUUUGAUCUGGAUUACAUUAUUGUCAAUACCAAAAAAUAAAAAAGUAAAGCACAGGAGUUUUCCUAUAUUACAUAUUUUUGUUUACCACUUUAAAAUAAAAUAAAAAACACUUUUCCCAACAAGCAUUGGUGUAUCAUUCUUGCUUGGAAGUUCAUUUGUCAUCAACUCUACUGAGCUUAAUAAAGUAGAAAUAUUGAAAAGAAUGAUGGAGCAGCAUUCAUCAAUAUUUUAAACCUUGUAGAUAUUC